CUCCUCCUCCUCCUCCCACUGGUCUCUCUCUCUCUCUCUCUCCUAGCUCCUCCACCCUUUCGCUUCGCCGCUUCCUGCCCUGCUUAGCUGCUUCUCCAUGCUGAUCUUAGAGGAUACUUAAUUGAGAUAUGAAUUCUGUUUGUGGUUCUUGUGAGCUUAAGAUGCUCUGAACUUGAUUGCUUGGCUCAGCAAUACCACAAUUUGACAUUUGGAACCAGUAAACCUAAUGCUCAUGGACAGAGCUGAUACAUCAGGUUUUGUCAGUGGAGGAAUAUUUUGCAUGAACAUCCAUGUGUAUUUCCAUUUUGUUUAUACUAUAUGCUUCCUUUAUGGCGAAGUUAUAAAACUGGAAUUCUGAUGGUUUAACACAAGCUCUUGAUCCACAAAGGCCCAAACAACACUAAACUCAUUUUGUCUGUCAUAUCUUUCUGUAUUUAUAUUAUUAAGAAGGAUGGACCUUAAUAUGGCAGAUCUUUGGUUUCAUGGGAAGGAACAUAUAGCUUCUUCGCCAUUCCCACAAGCUGUAACAUCAGUGAACUUCACUUGCCUUAGCAGUUCAGAAACAGUCAAGGCUUCUAAAAAAAUGUUUCAGCAGAGCAAUCAAAGUUUGUCUGUUCCUGAUGAUGGAUGCAGACUUGUCCUUGGACUUGGACCAGCUUCGAAUCUGCAUUAUGCUGAUAAUGACUCAUCUGGUGGCAGCAGGGCAAACGAGACUGCAAAUUUGUUCAGCCAACAUUUUGCCAUAGCUGAUCAUGGUCUGAAGUUGAGCAUUUCGAGAGGUAGUACUAGAAAUUUUCAAGACACAACAGUGAUCGAGAAGUAUCCACAUCAGAGUAAAAAAGGUAUUUUCUUCACAAUUAUUGAUGAAGGAUCAACUUCAGCUAAAAGGAAACCAGGUGGUUAUAUGCUGCCACUUCUGUUUGCCCCAAGAUCAGAUGAUACUUGUCUCAAUGGAACACCUCCUGUGACCGAUAUUCAACAUGUUGAAACUGUAGAUGAUGAUGAGGAUGAUCACAUUAUGACUCUUAAUCACCAGAAGGUUCAGACUAGCCCUGAGCCUUCAGCAACAACUGACUGUUCUUUUGCUGCGACUUCAGAUAUGAUAGUCUCCUCUACUAACACGGAGCAGAGAAAUCAGCAACGACAUCCUAAGAAGUGUAGGUUCAAUGGGUGUUCAAAAGGUGCAAGAGGUGCAUCAGGGCUUUGCAUUUCCCAUGGUGGUGGUCAGCGGUGCCAGAAGCCCGGUUGCAACAAAGGUGCCGAGAGCCGAACAGCUUACUGCAAAUCUCACGGUGGAGGGAAACGGUGCCAAGAGUUAGGCUGCACCAAAAGUGCUGAAGGGAAGACGGAGUUCUGCAUUGCUCAUGGUGGUGGGCGUCGGUGUGGAAAUCCUGGCUGUACGAAGGCGGCAAGGGGAAGAUCAGGAUUUUGCAUAAAACACGGUGGAGGGAAGAGAUGCAGUGUGCAGGGAUGCACCAGGAGUGCUGAAGGACAGUUUGGGCUGUGCAUCUCACAUGGAGGUGGUCGCCGGUGUCAGUACCCAAACUGCAGCAAGGGAGCACAGGGAAGCACCAUGUUUUGCAAGUCACAUGGUGGAGGCAAACGGUGUAUAUUUGAAGGCUGCACCAAAGGCGCCGAGGGCAACACGCUGCUGUGCAAAGGGCAUGGCGGUGGGAAGAGGUGCCUCUUUGAGGGAGGUGGAGCCUGUCCUAAGAGUGUUCAUGGCGGGACGAGCUUCUGCGUCGCGCAUGGAGGUGGCAAACGCUGUUCUGUGCCAGGAUGCACCAAGAGUGCUCGUGGUCGCACCGAUUGCUGCGUGAGGCAUGGUGGUGGCAAGCGUUGCAAGGUCGACGGCUGCGACAAGAGUGCUCAAGGAAGCACAGACUUCUGCAAGGCGCAUGGAGGUGGCAAGCGAUGCGCCUGGAGCACCGGCUGUGAGAGGUUUGCCAGAGGAAGGAGUGGCUUAUGCGCUGCACAUGGCACCCUGAUGGCUUCAAAGCAAGUGUCUGAAUCCGAACACAGUAGAGCCAUGAUCAGGGACAGCCUCUUCAGCAGGAUGGUCUCUACUUCAGCGACGGCUGGCAGUAGCAUGGAUCAUGCCAUCUCUUGUUCUCGCCCUGGUGCGUCAUCGGGUUGCGGCGAGCUGUUGGAAGACAUGCGGAACGGGAAGCUCCUGAUACCUCAUCAGGUGCUGGUUCCUGGUGCAAUGAAGCCAUCUUCUUCGCGUGGCAAUGGUCAAGAGGACGGAUGGAGCCAGAAGCAGCAGUGCUUCGGGUUCGUCGUGCCGGAGGGGAGGGUGCAUGGUGGAGGCCUGAUGUCCAUGAUCGGCGUCGGAGGCAAUCUUGACGAUCCGAAAACCUGAAACUUUACUGAAAGUGGGAGAUUUGCAGCUAUUUUUCGCUUAUGAUUUCUGCAUCUAGAAUUUAUAUGAUUUCAGAUUACCAUUACGCUACGCCGUCAAGCGACAGGAGUGACUGCGUGGUUGAAACUGAAUUCUGGACUAUGUGGCUAGGGCCCUGUAUAAAGUGUUUUGUUAUUCAUAUGACACUUUCAGUACUUACACAACGCCCGGACUACCUGAAUAGCUGUGUUUUACACUUGUAUCGUUUCUUUUCUGGCUCUUACAGUUACUGAAAACUUUACCAGAUAUUUAUAGGGUUAU